AUGCAGCAGUGGACACGCCGGCUGCACGCAGUGAACAAAUCCGCGGGUCGCCGGUGGAGCCCCAUCCCGCAGCCACCGCCGCCGCACGUGGACCGGCUCUGCGGCACGCACAGUGUGCUCAACACACUGCGCGCGUUCUACAACAGCCCACAGCAGCAGCACCCGCACCGGAAGCAGCUGCGUCGCUUGUUUGUGCGCGACUUUCGCCUCGCAUUCGACAGACCGGGCGACGCACACCGUGAGGACGGCGACGGGAGUAGUAAUCCUAAUGAGAAUAACACCAGCAAUGCCAUCUCGGGCGGAAGUUGC